AGGAAGAGGGAGCACACAGAGAGCCCACUGUUAGAAGGAAGAAAGGCAGAUUGAGUGUCAAUGGACAGCGUAGGUAGAUUGCCGAACAAAUUGUGCAGAUUAACCCAGCACAGAAGAACAUUUGGGAUAGAGAUAGAAAGAGAGAUUACCACAUUAGGAUAUUGAAGUACAGUAGAGUAGGAUAGUGUUGUGACUGAAGGGGCAACAGGCGAUUGUGAUAGCCAGGACAGAGCAGCCAACCCUGGGAAGAUGCUGUGAGGACUCAGGACUAGAGCCAAGUAAUGGAGGUUGAGACAGCCAGCAGGCAGACACGAUUGGUCAGAAUGGAGGACCAGGACAGAAUGAGCCAUGCCUCAAGUGUGGUCACAAUCUCCUCUUUUCCCGUCAGAAGCAAGGACGGUGAUGACAGGGUGCAGACGUUUGGGAAGAGAUGUAGAGCGGCUAAGAGAGACCCCAAUUGCCCCGUGGUGAUAAGAGGUUGGCUCAAUAAGAAGGACAGCUCUGGGCUGAAACUGUGGAAGAGAAGGUGGUUUGUCCUGUCUAACUACUGUUUAUUCUACUACAAAGGCAAGCGAAGAAUACUGUUGUCGUACAGCAGAGAAGAAUCUGUUUUGGGUAGCAUCCCGCUACCUAGCUACAACAUUCUCUUCUGCACACCACGAGAAUGCAAGAACAGAAAAAACACUUUCAAAGUGGUGCACCAGGGAAUGCGCUCCUACUUCUUCAGUGCAGACACUCAGGAGGACAUGCUGGGCUGGGUCAGAGCACUCAGUCAGUCCGCCUGUAUGGAAGCAGACAGCUCCAUCAGCAGGCGUUGCUCGAGUUAUCAGGACUUCACGCAGAUAGGUGGCAGCAGUGAGUCGGUGGAUCUCCCUCAUUCCCCCUCUCUCCGUGGUCCCCGUAAUGCCGCGCACACCAACACAUCACAGAGGAAUCCAAGUCAGGUCGCCAGGGGGAGAAUGGGGACACCACAUUCGGAACCAAGAGGGAGGCGGAGCGUACGAGGAAGGUAGAACGGGAGGAUUUGCAAGC